CCCACCUUCGGUGCAGCGAUCUAAUGCAGGGACUCAAACUGCCCGCGCUCAUCUCAGAUCAGGUUGGCCUCUCCGAGUCCCAUCUUCGAUCACGGGAGGGACGGGAAACAGGAGGCAACAGAGAUAUCUAUAAGGUAUGGAAGGGUCGGGAAUCCUGGACAUGGACCAACCUUGCAUCACCAUCCAUGUUUCAGAAGGGUCGACCGCUGGACAACCCCAACUGGUUCCCCGGAUUUUCAACUGCCCUCAACCCAGGGAAAAGAUGCGGCCGCUUGAGCUAGCGGCUGAUGUGCUGCGACGAUUCAACGUCAAUGCCCUGACGGCGGCGAGUUCGCGGCUCUGGAUUUGACAGACGACGGUCGAGAUGGUGUUCAGGCGGGUGCCCGUUCGUCGUCACCUGCAUCAGACGGCAUGGGGAACCCCCUGGACACAUGCGGCCGCCUUACUCUCCCGGCCAUGUGCUUUUUUUGCUACGAUAGAGAGAGCUUUGGUAAUGGUUUAAGAAGCACGGCUUUCCCUUCUUCGUCUCUUUUCUUCUGUCUCUGUAUCGUCCACACCAUGGACAUCACCACAUCUUGACAUCCAACCCCUGUCCCACAACGCCUACGAACCCUGUCAGCGGAACAUAGGGGACUGCUAAAGCAUCCAACAGCUCCUGCCGGAUUCAGGGCGCUAAAGUAUCCCCAGCAAAUGGCGGCGCGUUGUUGCCCUUGUGCCUUGCCCAAAGAGGUCAUUUUCGCACACAUCCCAGGAAAGAGGAAGCAGUGAGACGGUGAGACAUGCAGCGCUCGGGAGCCACACCGACGCAGACGGCCGCGCCCUUUUUUGCGUCCCUGUUUGGCGGCGGUCAUCACUCGUCCAACUCCAACUCCAACUCCAACUCCAACUCGCACUCGCACUCGCACGACGACCCCUCGUCGCUGUCUCCCACCACCAGGAAAUCUCCGGGAAAAUCCAUCAGGUCGCUCUCCCGUCCCACCAGCUCGGGCGUCGACGCCGCUGGUGACACAGGGGCUAGUCCAGCCCGGCAACACAACGUUCUCCACAAGAGCCGCGAUCGCAGGCCCUCAUUUGGUCGCAAGCCCUCCUUCUCCUUUGCCUCGUCCAGCUCCCCGAAGCGCCGCGCAAACUCGUCGUCGUCGGCCAAUGGCGCCGCAAGACCUCCGGCCAUCCAGCUCUUCCCCGACACCGACAAUCCCGUGCCUCCGCUCCCCGACUACGCCCUCGCCCAGGCCGUGAACAAGUUGUCGAGAGAGACCGACGCCGUGCUGUCAUCCCCCACCUCGAUCCCUGAGGGCUUCUCCAGGAUGCUCAGUCGUACGACACCCGCGAACGGCCAGCUGGCUCCCCCUCCUGUUCUCCAGGGCGGAAGCAGCAGUGGCCAACCGAGCGAGCUGAGCGUGGUGCACCAGCAUAUUCAAGAGACGGCGAAUAAGAGGAUAUCGACGUUGGACUAUCUGCGCAAGGCCCACGAAGGCCGCAUCUACUGGUUCAACACCCUCCUCUUUGACAAACCCGACCUCCAACGCAUGCCUUAUUUCGAUCCCCGCAAACUCGCCCGCCGAGCCACAAACUACCUGCUGCUUGGAAUCUCCCUACCAGCAGUGAUAGACCUCAACAGCAGCAACGCUGUUGAAUUCCUCAAAUCCUUCAACACCCUCCUCACAGAAUUCGACUCGUUUCAGCAACUCCACUCCGAAUCAGGCGCUUCGUCCUCUUCGUUGUCACGAGCGAGAAUACCACAGAUGUUCCGCCGCGCUGCCGGCCCUGCCAAGACGAGACGAUCCUCCAGCGCGACCACGGCGGCGGCAGCGGCGGCGACGGCAUCGCUGGCCGGCACAGCAGGGGAGUCCUCCCUCGGAGAGCAGCAGCUUGCUCAGCUGGAGAGUCUGGCGCUCACACCAUCAAUCACCAACACCUCCACCACUUACCCGGGUGUAGGAUCAGGAACGGUCAAUGUCACGCAUCCAGCGUCGAUUAUGAACUUUGCGGGGUCCGAGAUUGAUUUACUUCCCGGGGAGGAGUACACCCACCUGCUCACGCCAAGUCUGCCGUUUGACCCGGACUUUUUCGAGACGUUUGCCACUUUGUGUGAUGUCUUGAUUGAUACGUACACGAGAUUGCUGGGGCUGCUGCCGAGUCCGAAUCAUUGUGGGGGGAGCGUGGCCGAGUUGUUUAGCAAGGCGGAUGGGAAGGUGAGGAAGUUGUUGGUUCAGGGGGUUGUGAGGGAGUUUGAGGAGGGGACGAGAGCCGGGGUGAAGAGUGAGGUUGCGAAUGUGGGGAAGGUGGUGUUGAGCGGGUUGAUGUGA